CUUUGUCAAUGUCUCCACGGGCAAUGUAUUUGAGGAUGUCCACCUGUUUGGGUUUCGAAGUGUCCCGACUGCGCUUUGUUACUGGUAUGAUGCUCAGUGUCCAGAGCGACCCUCUCUGCUGCUACUGGGGGAUGAAAAAGGAGGAGUCCACCUCAUGUGGUUCCUGAAUCCAUCUAAAGGUCUUUUCAAGAAUCUGGCCAACAAAGAGAACGAUCCACAGAGGAUCUUUUUCCCAGACCUUGGUGAACACAGCAACAUGGUCUCCUACCGUCACAUCCCAAACAUCCACCAGGAACCAAUCAACAGAGUGAUGUUUGAGCCCGGCGCCAACGUCAUCAUGACAUCAUCAGAAAGUGACACCACCUCUGUGGUCUUUAUGAAUGUGACACUGAAGCAGGAGCCUUACAUUUGGAAAUUCAAGCAGGGGGCUAAAUGUUUUGACUACGAUGCGUCUCUGCAGUUGAUGGUUACUGGAGGUUGUGACCGAGCAGUCAGACUAUGGACUCGAUUUGUGACCACACGUCCCGUAGCUACGCUGCUGGGUCACCGCACCACUGUGUUGGAUGUUGCAAUCUACCAACCUGUUGGGCAGAUCUUCAGCUAUUCCAGAGAUGCUGAGCUGAAGGUUUGGGACAUUUCCAGCCAUCACUGUCUGAAAACCGUCUGCCUGCAGUUCCCCUGCCAGCAGCCGGGUCGAAUCCCAGAACACGGCAACUUCCCCUUCCUGUUGCUGAGCCCUCCUCUUCCUGAGCAGACCCAGUCUCAUUUGGUGGUGGGAUGCAAAGAUUACCUGGCACUGCUCAACCUGGCUGAAACGAGAAGAGGAGGGGGCGGAUGGUUGACUGACGGAGGAAGGGAACCUGGACCAAACAACCAAAGUGGUCCUGCCCUCUCCUGUGUUCUGUACAACUCUUCUCUGAGACAGGUGGUGACUGGACAUGCCGACUCAUCUGUGUCUCUGUGGGACGUGGAGACGGGUAGGAGGAGGCUUCAGAUCCUAAACGCUCAUGGAGAAGAUGAGCUCACCUGCAUGACACUUGACUCCUCCCACAGAAGACUUAUUACUGGAGCUCGCAAUGGCACUAUAAAGGUGUGGAACUUACUAAAUGGCCUUAACUUGCACAAAUUGGAGCCCGUCACCAACUCCGAGGUCACCGGGUUGACCUGUCUCCAUGACAACCAGCUGCUGUCGGUUGGAUGGAGCCAGCGGGUCGUUCAGUACGACAUUGCAGCCGCCAAGGAUUUGUAUGUAAGAGCAGACAUGUCGUGGAAGUCAAGCGGCGUCCACAAGUCGGACAUCCUAGCUGUGUGUCAGUGCGCUUCUCUGGGGGUCGUUGCCACGGCGAGCCACGACGGAGAGGUCAUUGUAUGGAGGCUGGAGACGCAAGGACCAGUGCUUCACCUUCAGAGACCGACACAGGGAGGAGUUCUGACCCCUGUGGACAGCCUCUUGUUUCUGCAGCAUCGGGCUGGCAACAGAAAGUUGAGGAACAGAGGUGUCCUGGUCUCGUCGCAGGCCGGCUGUCUCUCCUUUUGGAGCAUCACUGGACAGACGCACACUUAUGGUCAGUUCUAUGCUCCUGAGCAACCAGGUGAGCGAGUACUGAGUCUGAGCUCAGAUCAGCUUAAAAAUACCACCCUGGUCACUGGAGACACAACGGGCUGUCUUCAGAUCUGGGACAUCUGUCACUACGCACUGGACAUCCAACAGGAGACAGUUUGUGAGCGGCCUCCUCUUCUGCAGUGUUGGAAGGCUCAUGAGAGAGCAUUAGUAAGCGUGGAAGUCCUUGAAGUGGCUGACCGAUCGUUCGUCCUCACAGCCUCAGCUUACGGCUCUGCUGGACUUUGGACAAAAGACGGGGACCAUGUGGGUUCUUUCGGGCAUGAGAUGAUGUGGAUUAUUAGUGAGCCAGCUACUUAUCAGAGGUGA